ACAAGUUGUCUAAGCGUUCCAUAAAUAAAGUUUAAACGCUUUAGAAGUUGCAAAAGCCCCAAAUUUGAAAAUCACGGAUCACAUACGCGUCGAAAAGUAAUUCAAAGUGAAAUUUAAUUUCGUUUGUGACAGUUCUUGUAAACUAGUGUUUGUAAAUUGCUAAAAUUUAUAAAAGCUCAGUAGCUUUUCAAAACAUUUGGGCUAAAUAAACAUACACAGUGAAUUGUUCAAGUAUAAAAUUAAAACCAGACAUCGGCGUAGUAAAAACGAAUCUUUAGCGCAAGCGUAGUGUCAGCUGCCGGCAGGCCAACGUCCGCUUCAGACCUCCAAGUUAGAACAGUCGUUUUUAUUCUGUGUUACUGGCAGUUUAGAUUUGUAUAGUUUUUUGUGGUUCAGGAUAUAUCCAUCAUGGCAUCCGGCGUAACAGUGUCAGACGCCUGCAAGACCACAUACGAAGAGAUCAAAAAGGACAAGAAACACCGCUACGUUAUCUUCUUCAUCAAGGACGAGCGGCAGAUCGAUGUGGAGGUAAUAGGGGCGCGUGAUGAAGAAUACGACGCUUUCCUUACGAACCUGCAGGCCGGCGGCGCCGGCGAGUGCCGUUACGGUCUCUACGACUUCGAGUACAUGCACCAGUGCCAGGGCACAUCAGAAUCCUCGAAGAAACAAAAGCUCUUCCUCAUGUCAUGGUGUCCCGAUACCGCCAAAGUCAAGAAGAAGAUGUUGUACUCUAGUUCUUUCGAUGCUCUUAAAAAGUCACUGGUAGGCGUACAAAAGUACAUUCAAGCGACAGAUCUGUCAGAAGCCAGUCAGGAAGCUGUAGAGGAAAAACUCCGAGCCACUGAUCGUCAGUAGCGCGCUUCAUUAAAUUUCUUUACGACUGUCUGUCUAACUCAACGCACCGACCUACCAAGGUGUAUUAUUUAUAUAAGUAUUUGAAUAUUUAAUAAAUGCUUCAUUUUUAAACUGUAUCAUGUCUUUUAUUACAAGAUUGUACUGUACUGUAAAUUUUUUUAAAAUUAUUUUCUGUAAUUUAAUAAUGCCGAAUUAAAGACAAUUUCCACCAA